AUGAUUGCACGUAUCGCGGAGAAUGCUUUCAAGAAGAUAUCGCGAUCUGUACCGAAGUUUCGUGGUGAUCUUCGUGCCCACGAACUUGGUCUGGUCCGCCGAACAGCAUCAACUCUGGUGAGACCUCCGUCCUCGGACGAUGCAGAACUGGUCUCUCUCUUCGACCAACCGCAGACAGGGCAGAAAUCCUCACCGUUAUUUCUCACAGGCAUUUUUCAGCAUCCUCAACUGACAACGCCAGCUGCGUUCAGUGCGCUCGCUGACUCGACCCUCGUACGCGCGCAACUCCUGACAGAACGAAUAUUGCGGGCUAGGGAAUCUCGAUCCGAGCUCUUCAAAGUGAUCAAGAAUCUGGACAGACUCAGCGAUCUCCUGUGUGGUGUCAUCGACCUGGCAGAGCUCUUGCGGAAUGCACAUCCUGAUGCCCAGUGGGUGGAUUGCGCUACGGAGAGCUACGAGAAAUUAUGCGAGUUCAUGAAUGUACUGAAUACUCAUGUCGGGUUAUAUGAAGUGCUGCACACUGUACUACACGACCCAGAAAUCGUCAAGUCUCUCAGUCAGGAGGCACUUCAAACAGCGCUAAUAUUCUGGCACGAUUUCGAAAAGUCUGCUAUCAAACUUCCCCCGGAACAAAGAGAGAGAUUCGUGUCCCUUUCGUCCGAGAUUCUGUCUGUGGGUCACGAAUUCGUCACGGAAGCUUCUGUUCCGCGGCCGCCGGUGAAGAUCAAGCCCUCCGAGCUCGAAGGCUUGAAGGACCAAGGGAUGGGCGCUCGUCUUCAAAGACAAGCAUUUUUUACACAAAAGGACUUGCUGGUUUAUCCGGGCUCUCACCAAGCCUAUAUGAUUUUGCGCGCGGCGCCUGAUGAAGAACCGCGAAAAAAGGGCUGGAACAGCUAUGCUGACAUGACGCUCAGCGAUAAAAUGGCAAAAACUCCGGAAAAUGUCAAUCAUUUUUUGGGUACCUUCUUGGAUCGGACCUCACUCGUUGCUCGCAAAGCAUUGCAUACAUUGAGUUUGCGGAAGCAGGCCCACCUUAAAUCGGCGAACCUCCCUAUUAUUCAGGCGUGGGAUAGAGAUUAUUAUUGCCCACCCGAGCCGCCAGCACCACCAGUUCCUCUCCCUCCUCUUUCACUCGGACGUGUAUUUAUGGGCCUUUCGCGACUAUUUAAACACCUCUAUGGAAUCACGUUACGACCCGUUGAUGUCGCAUCUAGCGAAGUAUGGCACUCUGACGUACACAAACUAGAAGUGGUUGACGAAGACAGAGGCGUCGUUGGUUGGAUAUAUGCUGAUCUCUUCGCCCGUAGUGGGAAGUCGCGCGGAGCGGCACAUUACACUGUUAGAUGCUCCAGACGAACGGAUGAUGAUGAUGAAGCUGGUGACCUACGAAUACCCGGAACAGACGAGUUCGUUGGUUCCUCUAUCGAAUUCGAAGCAAUUAAGCGGCACAGACUACGCGGCGAGCAUGGCGAGUUUCAGCUGCCACUAGUAGUCCUGCUUUGCGAUUUUGUACCACCAUCCGCUGCUCGGGGCCCUACCAUUCUCGAAUGGUAUGAAGUUCAGACCUUGUUCCAUGAAAUGGGACAUGCCAUGCAUUCCAUGAUCGGUCGAACAGAGUACCACAACGUUGCAGGGACGCGCUGUGCAACCGACUUUGUCGAGCUACCAUCCAUCCUCAUGGAGCACUUCCUCAACUCCACAAAAGUUCUCUCCCUCUUCGACACCGACGACUCUUCUACAAUCAACCAAACUGGCAAUCACCACGAAGAUCCAUGUCGGUACAUUGAUACCCACAAUCACAUCUUACUUUCUCUGCUUGAUCAGAUAUACCAUUCCCCCUCUGUCCUUGAGCCGGGCUUCGACUCGACGAGCGCUCUCGCGAACUUGUACAAUACUCGCGGUCUGAUCCCGCAUGCGCCUGGGACGUCCUUCCAGACGCAAUUUGGGCACCUCUUUGGGUACGGUGCCACGUAUUAUUCGUAUCACUUCGAUCGUGCUAUUGCAUCGCACGUGUGGCGGAAGAUCUUUUCUGCUGACCCACUCAACCGCGAGCUGGGAGAGAAGUACAAGCAGGAGGUGCUGAAGUACGGUGGUGGGAGGGACCCGUGGAUGAUGCUCAGUGCAUUGCUCGAUGCUCCUGAGCUAGAGGUCGGCGACGCAGACGCCAUGCGGGAAGUUGGUAGAUGGAGGAUGGAAGACGGAGUUGUUCCGGUAAGACAUUAAGAUCAUAAAACUGUCCACUACUGCAUUGUUCUCUCAGACUAUAUCAAUCAUUGCAGGAAUUACAACACGGUUUUCUUGUUUGAUUCCGGUACAUACAGAGCGAACGAAAAAACGUAAAAUGUGGAAUGAGUGCCAUACGUGAUGCAUGAUGCAGGGUAUAUU